AUGGCCUCGGCAUGGCCCCGUUUUGCCGCGCAGUGCAGCGGCGUCCUACCUUGCUCGUCAGUUGCGUCUACCUCGGCCCCCAAGCCCCAUCAGCCCGCUCCCGGAUACUUCUCGCCGGCCAUGGGCUUGGCGGUCUGGUGCUCAAGCAGGCACCUCUUCAUUCACGCCGCCACGUAG